AUGUCAAUCACACUUUCAAUACAGCUAACUGAUGUGGCAGGUCGUCUGUGCAUCGAAGCUACCUGGUACGACCUGAUAAAUGAAAAUAUACCCCUUGAAACGGUGGAGGAACCCUGUCACACGGCUGUUCUCGUGGUGUGGGUGGACUCCGUCAUAGGUCUCGUUGAUAAACCUAACACAAUGGUGCGGCUUCGUGUCGCUGACGGACACCAGGAGACGACGAGGGAGAAAGAGAAGGCGAACGACCCUGUCUUCGAAGAGGAUUUUAUCUUCUUUGUCAAGGACCCGCGAGAGCAAGAACUCCGGGUGGAGGUGGUCGACACGAAGACCGGCCAGUCGCUAGGCCUACGGAAGAUCAGCAUUGGUAACCUGCUGGAAGAACCGAAUCUAGAAAUUUUGGGAAAAGCCUACGAGCUGGACGGGUCUUCCGCGUCCGUCCAGCUCAGCAUGAGCCUGAGGAUCAUGAAAUCUCGCGGCAGUUCUCGUGACGCCGACUCUGGUACUUCGAGCCAGGAUGUGACUGAUGCAGCACCAACAGCGAGCACAGAGCCUGCCGCAGAGACUACAUCUGUUGAAGAGGAGAUGCCCGCAGCAGCUCCUCCUUUGACGCAGAAUUCCCCUUCAGCAGCAUCUAGCGUAGAAUCUCAAGACAGAACAACGCCUACGAGUAAUGCUGGGACGCUUGGGAUUGGCCGUAUUCAGCUGACAGUCAAGCACGGUCCCGCGAAUACACUCACUGUUGUUGUACACCAGAUUGAGAAUUUACCUGUGGGGAAGGAUGGAGAGCUGCCUGACCCCUACGUGAAGUUGAUGUAUCUCCUGCCAGACCGCUCCAAGGACAGCAAGCGAAAGACACGUGUCAUCAAGGGUGACUGCAAUCCCAAGUAUGAUGAGCACUUUGAGUAUGAGCUCGCACAGUGCGCCCUUGAAGUGAGUGUCAUCAACAAGAAGGGACGGACCAAAUCAACGAUGGGUUGGGUCAGACUGGAUUGCAACCUCCCUGACACCAGAGAAAUGCCGCAGUGGUAUGACCUUACUCCAGCAGCAGAUUAUGAGUGGGAGGGAGGCCGGCGGAGUAUACGAAGACGAGACGGAAGUUUGAGAUGGAGUUUUCGCUGAAUCACGAAGCAAGGCGAACCAGUCAUGCACCCGGGAACUUAACAUGCUAAAGAAAAGGCAAUCUUUGCUUUGUUCACACUACCGUUUCUCGGGUUAUGUAUAUAUAUAAAUAAAUAUAUAAUCAUAUAUAUCCACACAUACAUAUAAAUCCUAAACUCACCAUCUAGCAUACUCUUGUAGGACCCAUCUCUCGGGCUCCUACAAUAUACGUAUAUAUAUUAUAUAUAUGUCGAAAUCAUUAUUGAUCUGACAUUUAAAAGAUGCAUUGCUUAUGAUUGUAAUGUAUGGACCCCAAUAAACAUUUCUUAAUAAAU